AUGUUAAGGAAAAACAAAACAUUAAUUUUUAAAUACUUUCUUAAUCUCAUUAAUGGAGCUCUUUUGGUUCUUGGACUUUUACUCAUGGGAUUUGGUGCAUGGCUUUUAUUAGAUAGAAAUAAUUUUUUCACAGCUUUGGAUGAAAAUAAUCACUUGAUAGUAUAUAUUUUUCGAAUUUUGAUUGGAACUGGUUCUGCUACUGUUCUUCUUUGUCUCUUCGGUUAUUUGGGAAUUCACGGUGAAAUCAGAUGGCUUCUAAUUCUGUAUGCAGUACUGUUAAUGUGGGCCUUCGGUGUUCAAGUUGUACUUUCAGCACUCAUCUUCACAAAGAAAGAGGAGGUUCACCAAAUAUGGCAUGAUAAAAUUGAUUCAGUCAUUUCUGAGUAUGGAUCUAAGGACUUGCCUGAAGACAUACCCAAGUGGACUAUUCUAAAUGCCUUGCAGAAAACAUUACAGUGUUGUGGCCAAAAAAAUUACACAGAUUGGUUGAAGAAUAAGAAUAAAGAAAAUUCAGAACAGGUGCCAUGUUCUUGCACAAAUUCUACAUUAAGAAAGUGGUUUUGUGAUGAGCCACUGAAUGCAACUUACCUAGAGGGUUGUGAAAAUAAAAUCAACACAUGGUAUCAUACUAAUGCUUUAACAUUAAUUGGAAUUAACUUUGGACUUUUGGCUUCAGAGGUUUUGCAAUUCUCAUUAACCGUUUCCUUCUUUAGACACAUCAAGAAUAGAAUAUAUGCAGAAAAGUGA